AUGGCUUUCUUCUCAGGCCCUCGAGCCCUGCCCCCAACAUCAGUGGAGAGCACCACACCAAUCAGCCAAGCGCAAGCGCAAGAGUUCCUCCGCGCUUACCUGGACCGCGCGAACACGGAUCCCUCACUGCAACCCAAUGCCGGCAUCAGCGAGCAUGGUCCCGUCUCGCGCACGACCGCCGCAGCACCAAACCUGAUCCUCCACAACCUGAAGCGCGUGCAAGCAGGUCUGGCGGGUGAGCUUCUCGGUCGCGAUUUGACGGCCGCGCAAAAGAACCCCGGCGAGGAAUACGUGGAGGCUGCGGCCGAGGUCGCACACAAGAACGAGGAUGAGGACAACGAUCUCGCCAUGAAUGAUGCCGAUUUCGGUGGAGAGGCGGAAGCUUUCGCCGAACAAGAAGAUGGCAUGGACAAGGAAGACCGCAAGCGCAAGAAGAAGGAGAGGCGUCUUGCUGAGAAGAAGGAAAGGGCUCAGAAGGCCAAGGAUGAAGUCGAGGACUCUGAUUAA